CAUCCGUUCACAAAUUGAUGUAAGCUUCCUAAUAAAUAACCCUGGCGUUGACUGCCGUUUCGGGAUGUAGACCUCUCGGCCCGAGAGCCGUAGCGCGUCUAUGGCGUGGGAAGCCCAGGAAUUUUUUUUGCCAUCGAACAUGUUCCGGCUUGGUUUUGCCCUUCGCCGUCUGCGGGGACCCCACACCCCCUACGCCUCUUACGCUACUGCAGCAACCGAAUCUCCAUCUCUCCGUCGCACAGUCCGUGUCGAAAAUCUCCCGGAAGGAUACAAUGUCAGCAACAUCGUCGAUACCGUGAAAGCCAACCCGGCAGAGACGAUAAUACCCGCGAAAGAUCAUCUCCUCGUCCGGUUCUUUGAUGAGGGAGCUGCCAGGCGCUGCGUCGAAGCGAACAAGGAGCUGUCAUUAAAAAUCGACGAGUCGACUUCACCGGCAUUGAACACCAUGACUGUGGCCAUGCUCGCAAAAUACAAUGCAACGCGCACGAUGCGGCUGCGUAAAGUUCCAGAGAGCUUUACCGAAUCCCAGUUCAACGAGAUCCUCUCCGCCCAUGGAGGAGUCGUCUCUUCGCGCUUUGACAAGUCCAGAGGGGGUAUCAUCGAAGCUCAGUUUUUGGAUAUGCCCCAGGCCAUCAAGGUAACCUUCCCUUGAAAAAUAUCUCAUUCCUGUGUACUAACCUCUGUAAAAAGGCACGGAUUGACUUUUCCAAAACGGGAGCUGUGCCGAGGUUUAUGGAUAGCGACCACUUCACCUAUCCAGAGUGGUACUCGAAGGAAGAUGAGCAGCCUAAUCAAGCACGCCUUGUAAAGAUUUCAGGCCUGAAAGACUAUGAGACACGGGAAAUGUGCGCACGCUGGACUGGAAAUUACGACAAUAUUCCUCCAGCGUCUUUCAUAACGGCCCGUUACUCCUCCCCAACGGUCAGUUCCUCCAUUGCCAAUCCGUCGACUGGUCUUUCUUACUUACAAAU